UAGACUCACUUUUCCUGUAUCGCACACGAGCACACAUUUCCUUCUGUGAAAUCUUUGGGGAUUUAACCAUGUCGCUUGACCAGGACCUCUGUUACCUCUGCAAGGAAGAUCUCAGGGAGCCUGUCUCCAUCCCAUGCGGUCACAUUUUCUGCUCUGUCUGUAUCAAGACCUAUUGGGAUCAUGCAGACCACACUGGACAGUACAUGUGUCCCCAGUGCAGGGUCACCUACAACAAGAGGCCCAAUCCACGCCGCCUUCAGUCCUCACGCCAUUCAUCUUCAUCCCUCAGAAACUCAGACUCUUUCCCACCGGCCCCUCCGGCCCCUGACUACAACUAUGCGGGACCCCAGGAUGUGGGAUGUGACAUCUGCAUCGGGAAGAAGCUGAAAGCUGUCAAGUCUUGUCUGAUGUGUCUUGCUUCCUACUGCGAGAAGCACUUGAAGCCCCAUUACGAAUCAUCCACCUUCAAACGACAUAAGUUGGUCGAUGAGAUCGGACACCUUGACCGUCAGAUUUGCCCGCAGCACCAGAAAGGUCUGGAGCUUUAUUGCCGGACAGACCAGAUGUGUAUCUGCGUGUUGUGUACAGUGAAAGAGCAUAAGGGCCACGACAUGGUGUCUGCUGAACAGGAAAGGGCGGAAAUGCAGCAACGAUUGGGCGCCACCCAAGCUGAGAUUCAGGAAAAGAUCCAUGACAGAGUGAAGCAAAUGGAAGAGUUAAAACAGGCUGUGGAUGCACUCAAGAGUUCAGCACAACGGGCAUUGCAGGAGAGUGAAAAGCUGUUUGGUGACAUGCUUCAUUCCAUUGAAAGAAUGCAACAGGAAAUGAUCAAACUCAUCUCGACCAAUAAGAAGGCUGCACUUAACACUGCUGAAGGCCACAUGGAGCGUCUGGGCCAUGAAAUUGCUGACCUAAAGAGGAGAGACAAUGAGCUGACACAACUCUCUCGCACUGAGGACCAUAUUCAUUUCAUCCAGAGUUACCAUAUGCUGAUUGCCCAGACUGAUGCAGAGGAGCUGCCCUCUGUUACAGUGAACCCUUACUUCUCCUUUGGCACUGUUACCAAAACAGUCUCUGAGAUGAAACAACAUCUAAAUGAGUUCAGCAAUGAAGAGCUAGUCAAGGUGGCAAAGACAGUGAACAAAAUGCCAUUCUGCCAGCUAGAGGACCGUAAGAAGAGAAGGUCUAUGAAGUCUGAUGAUGUUGACAUGUACAAGAGUCCCAGCAACACUCCCCGGACAAGAGAUGAGUUCCUCCAGUAUGCCUGCCAGUUAACUCUGGACCCCAGCACAGCAUACAGACAGCUAUACCUCUCCCGAAACAACCGGAAAGCAGCACUAAAAAGAGACCCUCAGGCUUACAAUGACAGUAACCAGAGAUUUGAAUGCCUGCCCCAGGUCUUGUGUAAAGAGGCUCUUUCAGGAGGUGCCUACUACUGGGAGGUGGAGUGGAGCGGGGAGGGAGCCUCAAUUGGUGUCACUUUUAAAGGUAUCAAGAGAACAGGUUACGGAGACUCGGCUCGUAUUGGCUACAACCGCAAGUCCUGGAGUCUCUUCUGCUCUGACUCCAGCUACUCAGCUCGACACAAUAAAGACCAGGUUGAGAUUAACACACCCUACUCUUCCCGUAUCGGGGUGUUCCUGGACUGUGCAGGAGGCACUCUUUCAUUCUACACUGUGUCUGAGUCCAUGUCACUUAUUCAUCAGUUUAAAGCCUCUUUCAGUGAGCCGGUAUAUCCUGGCUUCUGGGUCUGGUAUGAGUCUGCUAUUACUAUUUCUCAGUUGUAAAUGGUUGAACCGGACAGGGGAUAUGAGGGCAUUACUACCAGCUUUUAAAAAAGUACUUUUUUUUUUUUUUUUUUUUUUUUUAAACGAAAGCCUGUUUCUGGUGAAGCUGAUUAUAGUUAGUGUAUUUAAACUAAAAGUUUUAAUCUAUUAUAUACCAAAAUAUGUUUAUAUAAUCUAUUUUUACAAAUUUACAAAAAUGUUAAAAACGUUACAAAGAAUUAUAUAAAAUAUUUAAAUAAAUCGUGUAGCUCAUUUUCCUAGAAUACGGACCUUACAAAAAGUCUAAUAUCUUUAAUGACAUGUUGUGUCCAUCUGUGUGAUUAUACUUGAUUAAUAUGAAGGUUAAUCAGGUGCAGAAAAAGCUUUUUACAGUAUAUCUUAAGUUUGAUUUAUGUGGGUAAUUUUGUCUGCAUGAUAACAUA